AGAGAGUUUCUUCUGCACGCACAUUAUACUACUUCCCCUUUCCUUCGACCGUCUAGCAUCGUUGUGCUCCAAUCGUACCUAUAUCGUAUAGAGGCUAGCUGUUGGUAAAGGCCAGCCAAAAUCCAUCGGUUCCGGUGCGUGAACCGGCUUGACCAACAGCAUAUCCGCAGAGAAGGAGUAGAGAGACAUAGGGUCGAGCCGCCGACUGGUUCGACACUUUUGAUUCAUCUCGACCCGCCGAACAUUGAUUCAUCCCGACUGGUCAUGCUUGAAUAGGUCUCAUCGACUCUUUUUCCAGAUUUGCCCUUUCUAUUUUUUCUUCGUAUUGCUUUUAUUACCACUCGUCACAUAAUCAUCUGUUUAAUCACACCAUGGAGCUCUCGUCGCCUAUUGAAGAUGCCUCUCUGGUUGACGCCCAUCUGCUGAAUGGGUGCUGUUUGGAGGCGGACAGGUCGGACAGUGUCUGGCUGCGGCUCGAGGGCCUGUUCAUUGCCCUGCCAGAAGCAAACCGCCGGCACCUGAGGCCACUCAUCGACGAAAUCAGGACUUCGAGCUUGCUUUUACGCGAGUUGGCCGACCUCUCCCAAGUUCACCAUGACCGCGUGCCACUGGUUCUGGACCCUCUCAACACCGUGCUGCCUUGCAUGUCUAGAUCUCUACGGGACAUUACCACGCACUAUGAGAAUCAAAAGUUGACCAAAGUCAACCGAUGGCGAACAAUGUUCCAUGAGAUGACCAACGAGGCCGGCGGUCUGCAGCUGCCGCAGCGGUUUGUCGUUUAUAACCAUUAUCUUGCUGCCAUUCGGGAUUUGCUGUCCAGAUCUCCUAAUUUCGACCUCAACAUGAUGGAAGCCUUCCGCCUGCAGAUCAUGAAUUUGCGAGAAGCAAGAGGAAUUCCUAACAAUGUGUUGAUGCAGUCUAUCCACUGGUCCGAGCAGAUAUUCUCCCUGCCAUUGCCUUCUCGCUCGCCUUUCAAAAGCCAUCUUCCGUCGGAGUCGUUUGGACCACAUCGACCAUGGGGUCACCUCAGCAUCCCCAACAAUUCCAAAGUUUUGUUUAGACGGCCCAUUGAUGAUGACAAGAUUUCCCUUAUCGCUUACUCAGAUGGUCGGGAUGGGUCGCCCUAUCUGCUUCUUCGAACGUUUUACAUGGGCGGACCAUGGUUCUCGCUUCGCGGAGUCCACGAGCUGUGCAUCCAGCGUGAAAACGAGGCCAUCCACUUCAAGAGAUGGAGUCGAUCCGAAAAUUGCUCCAAGCUCUGGGCAACUUUGCGCUUCCAGACGUGGGAAGAGCUCAUUCUCAUGUACUGCACGUUCCUGGCCCUCAAGUCCCGCAACACGUUGACGGUCCAGCUGGGAACCAAAGAAUACGCCCUCAAGGGUGAAAAGAAGCUCUUUCAAGCGUGUAUCUUAGACGACGGCUUCAAGCACUCCUUGAUCGUUUACGAAGACAAGUAUACAGGCGGCCGCCGCAUCCACGUCGCCGUUUGGGAGGGCGAGCUGCGCCAAUGCCCUGUCUGGACAGCCUUUGUGACCCAUCAAUCUGCGUCGCCCACCUGGCUCAAGCGCGUCAGCCGCAAGAGGAUCCGCCUGGCCGACGUCCAGCUGUACGUGUUCUGUCAGCAGUACCGACAACAGUCGCAGCGCAAGGGUUCGGGAGGCUCCUUUGAGAUUCAAUUUUACAGCGAGGAAGCCGCUCAAAGCUUCAAAGAUCUCUUCACCCCUAUUCCGACAAAGUCAAACAUGUCGCGGCCCAUCACCCCAAGACCAAUCACGCCCAGAAUCGUAUCUCGACCAACAACUCCACGAGCCUGA